AUGCUAGCUGAGGCUAAUGGGAGAUGGAAGUCACAGAUAAGAACAUCAGGAGAGCCUUAUGUCCUCUUGUCCCUGACUCUUCCUCUGCACAUUGCAAUUCUCAGGUACGGCUCCAUCGUGGUCGAUUGCAAGUGCUACUUUGACCCGGCGACCAACACCAGCCAAGAGGUGGUCCGAGAGACGUUUCAGCAGGAGACGAGGAACGCCACGUCUCUGUGGCUGGGGAAGCAGUUCCAGCUCAAGGGCGUGACUGUGCGAGCUCCCGAAUCGGCCAUUGAGUCCGUCACUGCUGCCCUGCUGCCCGAACUCCAGCUGAAGAACUUUGCGGUCAAUUUCACCGUCACCAACCUGCCGUACGCAGGGGAAAUGGCAGAUCCCGACUCGGAUGUCUACUGGAAGACCAAAAUGAGUCUUGAGAACGAGCUCCACCAUUUAUAUCAACGCAGCGGCCUGCAGAAGGAGUUUGUGCAGUGCUCUGUCGAGAGCUUCAGACCCACCGGCCAGCAUACCGAGACAGGGGUCGGCGCCGCCUGCGCAUUCGCGAUGGAUUCGCCCACAAGGACCUUCGACCGAGCUCUGGUGUACGAUGCGUUUAGGAAAUGGACAGGCAAUGCCACAGCGUUGGGGGUGUACACACUGGAAAACGGAAGUCUGCUGGUCAGCGGUUAUCCUUCAACAGUGACCCCAGUGCACCACCAAGGAGGGUUACCUUUCUGGGCCAUCAUCCUUAUAAGCCUGUCUGCUCUCCUGGGCUUCCUCCUCCUCCUCCUCAUCUGCUUCCUGGUUGCCUUCUGUCUGCGGAAGAAAGCAGGGAAGUAUCAGGUGCAGCAGGACAUCCUCGGUCUCUACUUCCCGCACUUGGACAUGAGGAAAGCGCGAUGACGGGCAGACCUUUUGCGGCCUUGACUCUCUGCGCCCCACGAGGUGGGGGGUGGGGUGGUCUCCUUUGGCACACUGCUCCCACCGUCCACAGCAAACAACUGUUUUGGCACAGCUGGAACAGACGUCUAGAUUAAGAAGUGAAUCACAACCAAUCAACGUUAGCUUGUCUUGGACCAGAGAGAGAGAAAGAGAGA